AUGCCACACCUGAAGUCCUCGCCGCUUCUACAUCUCCAUCCCUACACGCAUUACGAAAUCGCCGAUCAGCCGGCGCUGGAGCUGUUAGCAAGCGCUGAACCCGAAGAGCUCAUCCUCACCAGUUACUCCUCCAGUGUUUUGAUGUCGAACAGCUCUACUACCACGUUUCGCCGUUCAGGUACAGAAACACCCCGCUCAAACUUUUUGCGCUGCGGUAAACGGAAAUCCGACUGGCUCGUAAGCAUGACGAUAGAUCGCCUCCGCUGGAUGAGUUUUCAGAAAACUUCCGAAUUCGAGAACUUGAGUUCAGUGAUGGAGCAGAUUCGUAAUCGGGAGAGCACCUUCUUGCGAAGACCUGAUUGGGAUUUUGAUGUUGAAGGCGGUGAUACCAGUGACGAGGAUGAGAGCGAGGACGGGAGCGAGUACGAGGCCACUGAACCUGAUGAGAUGGAGCAGGAUGAAAGGCCAUGCAUCCACUACCAACGACAAUUCUGA